AUGGCACGGUACAGACCCUUAAAAGGCUCAAGUUAUAUUCCACUUCCAAUUAAACUCAGACUAAAACAUGCCAUUAUCAAUGUAAAAAACAAAGACAGUAAAUGUUUUAUGUGGUCAAUUUUAGCAGCAUUGAACCCAGCAAAACGUGAUGCAGAGAGAGUUUGGAAAUACAAGGAACACACUUCAAGUUUAAAGUUUGAUAACAUCAUGUUUCCUGUGAAAUUAGCCGACAUACCAAAGUUUGAAAAGCAGAACACAAUAUCGAUUAACGUGUUUGGGUUUAACAAAGGCGAAGUAUUCCCUAUACAUAUUUCAAAACAUCGAUUUGAACAACAUGUUAAUCUACUAAUGAUAUCGGACAACAAGAGGUCACAUUUCUGCUGGAUUAAGGAUCUCAAUCGGUUAUUAGGGGACCAGCAUAGCCAUCGCGCACGACAUUUUCACUGUCCAUACUGCUUACACGGAUUUACCAAAGAAAGAAUAUUAAGCAACCACCUACCAUACUGCCAAACCCACGGACCACAGAAAAUUGAACUCCCAACUGAAGAAAAUAAGUGGUUACAUUAUAAAGAUAUUCGUAAACAGCUUAAGGUUCCAUACGUUAUUUAUGCAGAUUUUGAGUGUCUUCAAGAACCAAUAGUUGAUAGUAACGAAUGUGACCAAAAGACGAAAAAGACUACGUUACAUGUACCAUGUGGCUUUGCUUACAAAGUGGUAGGUCUGACACCUGAAACUUCAAAUGAACCAGUAGUUUAUCGGGGUGCUGAUGCUGCUGAUAAAUUUGUGGAAUGCAUGGUAAAAGAACAGGAAGAAAUAGAACAACGAUUCAAGCAUUGUGAACCUGUGAUCAUGACUGGGAGUGAUUGGCAAUCCUUUAAGAAGGCAACCAUGUGUCACAUAUGUAAAAAAGAACUUUCAGACAUUAGAGUACGAGAUCAUUGUCACGUGACUGGAAAAUUUAGAGGGGCAGCUCAUAACGACUGUAAUAUCAAUUAUAAGUUUACAGGUCGAAUUCCAGUUGUUUUUCACAAUCUAAGAGGAUCUGAUAGUCAUUUAAUUAUGCAAGCGAUUGGAAAAGUUGAAGGAAAGCAGCUUAAUUGUAUCGCUAAUAAUAUGGAAAAGUAUAUUUCUUUUUCAUUAGGAUGUAUGGAUUUUAUAGACUCUCUACAGUUUAUUUCUUCCUCAUUACAAAAGCUCGUGGAAAACCUGGCAAAAGAAGGGUCGAGUAAAUUUAGACAUAUGACAAGCCACUUUGGAGAAGAACAGAUAAGUCUACUUCUGCGAAAACAAGUAUACCCAUACGAGUAUUUUGAUUCCGAGGCAAGGUUUGUGGAAACUCAACUACCACCGAUUGAAGAUUUGUAUAGUACACUAUCGGGAGAAGGUAUAACCACACUGGACUAUGCGCAUGCACAACAUGUAUGGCAAUUGUUUAACAUACAGAAUCUUGGACAGUACCACGAUCUAUACGUUCUAUCAGAUGUCCUUGCAUUAGCCGACGUUUUUGAAAAUUUCAGGGAGAUCUGUCUCAACUACUAUGGAUUGGAUGCUGCACAUUUCUACACCUCGCCCGGUUUAGCCUGGCAAGCUGCCUUGAAAAUGACAGGUGUGAAUUUAGAAUUACUCACUGACGUAGACAUGCAUUUGUUUAUAGAGAAAGGUUUAAGAGGGGGAAUAUCAACGAUAUCCCAGCGUCAUGCCAAAGCUAACAAUAAAAAUGUUCCAAAUUACGACGAAAAUGAACCAAAUAGCCAUGUGAUGUACCUAGAUGCCAACAACUUAUACGGAUGGGCCAUGUCUCAGGCUCUUCCUGUUAAAGACUUCAAAUGGCUAGACGAUUGUGAAAUUGAAAACCUUCAUAUAAGUGACAUUGCAGAUGAGAAUGAAAAUGGAUAUAUACUAGAAGUUGACCUAGAAUAUCCAAUCGAAUUGCACGAUGACCUAAGCGAAUAUCCACUCGCUCCCGAAAAGUUGAAGGUAACAGAUGAAAUGUUAUCGCCCUAUGCGAAAAAGCUAUUGGAAGAUUUAGAUUUAAAAGGAACUUCGACAGAAAAAUUGAUACCGAAUUUAUAUCCAAAGAAAUACGUGGUACAUUAUAGGAAUUUGAAACUCUACUUAUCACUUGGAAUGAGACUUACCAAGAUUCAUAGGGUACUCGCGUUUGAACAACGACCCUGGCUCAAAAAAUAUAUCGAUUUUAACACAGAGAAAAGAAAGCUUUCAAAAAAUGACUUUGAGAAGGAUUUUUUUAAACUCAUGAAUAAUGCAGUCUUUGGAAAAACGAUGGAAAAUUUAAGGAAGAGAACAGAUAUAAAGCUUUUAAGUGAUCAGUCUAAAGCAAGAAAAUUAAUCAGCAAACCAACGUUUCAUGCCUUUAAAAUAUUCAACGAAAACUUGGUGGCAGUUCACAUGAUGAAACAACGAUUAUACUUGAACCGACCCAUUUACGUGGGCUUCGCUAUACUCGAUUUGUCAAAGACACUAAUGUAUGACUUUCAUUAUAUCUAUAUGAAGAACAAAUAUGGACCCAAGGCAACACUUUUAUUUACUGACACAGACUCAUUAUGCUAUACCGUUAGCACUAAUGAUAUAUAUCAGGAUAUGAUGGAGGACAAUCACUUGUUUGAUACAUCAGAAUAUGACCCAAAUCAUCCACUACAUAGCACAUUGAAUAAGAAAGUGUUAGGAAAGAUGAAGGAUGAAACACAUGGUAUUCCCAUACAGGAAUUUGUCGGUCUCAAGUCCAAGAUGUACAUUGAUAUAUGA